CGUCGCGCCAAACCUGCGUCAGCGUUUCCUGGUCCUACAGGACACGCCCCUUUUUAGAAAGUACGGAAUGUCCACAGGUCUAAAAAAAAAACAACAUUCCACCGAGUGUUUACUGUCCUCUUCAUCCACGACCACCAUUUGGCACGGACGCUAAUCUGUGACGGAGCUGAAAAUGGCGACUUCACUGCUGAGAAUUGGACGACUGCGAUAUGUGAAGUGUUUGCCGGCUGAGAGCUGGAGUACGCUGUGUGGCGCACCCAGAGCUACAGCUUUUAGCACAAAGUACGGGGGGACCAAAAAGCCAUCAAAAAAGAACUCUGACAAAAAACAGGUUAAAACAUACUUCGAUAUAGAGAAACUUGUUCAGCACAAGAACUAUGACUUUCCCAAGAAAGGUGUUUCAGUACCAACAAUCAGUUCAGCAGCACAUCCUUCAGUCCCAACUGUAAAACCUGAGACUGUUGUAGCAGUGCCUGCAGUAGAGGCUACCAAUCGUGUUGCUGAAGCCGAUCCUGCAUUUUCUGUUGCGCCACCAGCUGAAAUUGCUGCCAAAUCAACCGUCACAGUCCUCGAAGAUUUGCCCAAGGCUGUUCUCUCAGAAGCUAAAGUUGCAGUUGAUCCUGUGUCUGAAGCUGCCCCUUUACAUACUGUGGCCGCCAAAGCUGUGUUCGAGUCUGUGGCUGAAACUACAAGUGUGACAUCUCCAGCCAAGCCUGUGGACACAGUUGCCCAGAUGGAAUCUUCCACAGAAUCCAAGACUGCAGCCGCCUCCGUGAAAGCUGGGACGAAUGUAGUGGCUGAAGCUCCCCUUGCAGAUGUAGCCGCAGAGCCGGUCGUUGCAGCAAUCCCUGUGAAGGAUGAGGCCCAGCCUGUUGCAGCUGUGCCUGUGGCUGAAGCUGCCCCCAUGGAGAAUGCCCCAGAACCUGUUAUUGAAGUAGUCAGUGUAGAAGCUGCAGCUCCGACUGUAGCUGCAGAACCUGUUGUUGAAGAAACCCCUGUGAAAGAUGUGGCUGAGCCUGUUGCAGAAGUUGUAGCUAAGCCUUUGGCUGAAGAUGGCCCCAUGGAAGCAGUUGCAGACCCUGUUAUUCACCCUAAAGAAGCUGCAGCCGAGGUUGUGUCUGAACCUGAUGCAGUGCCUGCUGUUGAAGAUAUCCCUAUGAAAGAUGAGUCAGAGUCUGUUCUUGAAAUUAAAGCUAGGCCUGUGGCUACAGCUACCCCCUUGGAAGCUGCAGCAGAACCUGUUGUUGAAACAGUUACUGUAGAAGCUGCAGCAGAACCUGUUGUUGAAACAGUUACUGUAGAAGCUGCAGCAGAACCUGUUGUUGAAACAGUUACUGUAGAAGCUGCAGCUGAACCUGUUGCUGAUGCUGCUCCUGUGGAAGAAGCUGUUCCACUUGUAGUUGAACCUGUGACUGCUGAGGCUGCAGCUGAUGUCUCCGCCCCUGAACAUGACGCACAUGAGGUGUCGGACGGUGCUCCCGUUAUAGAUGAAGAUGCAGGAGAGAUGCUGCUGGAAGAGCCAUCUGGUGAACCACAUGCGGCUCAAAUGGACCCGAUUCAAAAGCUCUUCUUGGACUCCAUACGCCAGUAUUCAACACAAAACCAAAUUAGUGGCGAGCCAGUGGAUGCUGGUCCGGAGUACCAGAAGGCCCUCGCAGAGGAGAUAGCUAAGCUACAGAGGCUUUAUGGCGGUGGGGACCUCACAGCUUUUCCAGAGUUUAAAUUCCCAGAACCCACGUUUGAUGAAGUUUUCCGUAAGUGAAAACUUGCCGCCCAACAUGACCAAUCCUUGUUAAUAUGUGCUGCGUAGAGAAACAUUGUCUGUUUACAAUCAAAAGUGUCAAAAUAAAAAUCCAAGUCUCUUUCUUUGUGAGAAGAAUGGAACGUAUGAUAUGUGUGAUGGGGACGAGAAAACGUCAGUGAUGUGUACAUCAGCAAAUACUUAAAGUGAAAUGGAUUAGGGUUGGGGGUUGAGCCAUUUACAUCUUAUUUGAUACUGUAGCUACAGUACAGACACCUUCUAGUGAAGCUGCUGCAAAGUGAUGUUAAACAUUUCUUUACUGCAUUUAACUUUACAACAUAGGCAUCAUGAUUUGAAUCAUGUUGAGGCAUAAAGUUGCGAUUAUAAAUUAGCUUACACUCAUCAUGAGAGAGUACGUCAUUGCAGUUGUGGGCCUUUUAUUGAUUCUGUUUAACAAUUAUUUUUUGAAGGAGGAAUGAUUAUAGAAUGUACUUUUUGAAUUAUUUAUAAUUCCUUAGAAUUCGGGGAUCUUUUGGGGGGAAUUUUUUUUUAAAGUUAGACCCAUAGCAAACCAAAAACCAGAUCAGUCUGUACAAUGAUAAAAGUUCAGCCUUCAAGCACCAUGUCAGUGUUUUCACAAGUUCAUCGACUCUUAAAUACGCCAGUCAUCAUUAACAUUUGAUAUAAACACUAUAGUUGAAAGGGGUACUCACACUAGGCCAAUUGCACCAUACUUGUGUCCACUUCACACCUAAGGCACAGGUGUUAGAUUAAAGGCCCUGGGUCCAGAUCUAGCCCGCCACAUCAUUUUAUGUGGCCCUCAAAGGCCUAAAAAAAUAUGCAUCAAUAAAACACCUU